AUAAAUAAAACUAAACUCUAACUGUGCUUGAACUCUCCUAUCGCCAAAAGUUCUCUGUGACAAUAACGCCCACAUUAUCAAAACUUUUGUUGUUCUCUGCUGUGGGCCAAGCUUGAAAGCUUUUGCAGCGCGUGUGAGACGUCAUUUGAUCCACUCGCUGGACGUGUGCCUGCUGCUUCCACCCCAACCCCCAUUCGUGCUCAUCUCGCUAUUGUGGUUGUUGUGGUUGGUUGUUUGUUGUUGUUGUUGUCAGCAGUGUUUUCAGUGUAUUUUUGUGUUUGUUGUUUUUAUUUUGGCAUGUUUGCCGUUUGGAACGUCAAAUUCGAUUUUUAUGACUUUUGAAAGCGUGACUAAGGCGUGAUUUAUGAUGGCGUGUGGUUUUUAAUAUUCAUGUGCAAAGUCAAAAGCCACGAACCAAGCGCAGCAGCAACCACUAGCCCAGCCAGCCAAACAGCCACACUCAACCUGCGUAGGUGCGCCAAACAAUAAAAAAAAAAACAUACAACAACAGCAACAACAAAACAGAAAAGCUAAACUCAAAGCCCGCACCAAUAACCGGACAACAACAACAACAACAGCAGCAGGCGUUGCAUCGCUGGUGCCCACGGGCCAAGUUGCUGGCUCGAUAUCCUGCUGUGUGUGCGUGGAUCAGUGGAUCAGUGUUUUGGGCUUUUUAUGGAUGCAGCGAAGCAAUUGACUGCCGCUGCUGCAGCUGGCAAGCACGAUAACAACAACACCACCAACAAUAACAACAACGACGACACUAUGCAAACAUUGCAACAACAACAGCAGCAGCAAGGCAAUACAACAACAACAGCAGCAGCAGCAGACGCCUGUAAUACGUCAGAGCCGCUAGAAACAGCAGCAACAAUUGCAGCCAGCAAAAGCAACAACAACAAGCAGCAAACAGCUAUGACAACAACAACUGCAAGUGUUGAGCAACAGCUCAAAAAGACAGAAGUUCAAUCAACAGCAACAGGCAAGUCAGCAGAAGCAGCAGCAUCUAGCACAUCAGCAACAGUUGCUGUGGCCAGCAAAUCGAGUGCAGCAGCAAUGGCCGCUGCAACGGCAACAGCAGCAGCAGCCACCAAUGACUUGGCAGCAGCUGCUGCAGUCGUCCUCUCGCUGCAGGGCACCAUGGUCAGCAGCCUGCAGCAGGCGGCAUUGCUGCCGGCCAAUUCAGCAGCAGCAGCAGCACUCAACUUGCAGGCGCUCGAAUCCUAUUUGGCACUGCAGCGACUCACUGGCAAAUCGGAUGUGUUUCGAUUUAGCAGCAGCAGCAACAGCAACAGCAACAGCAACAGCAACGGCAACAGCAGCAGCAACAGCAGCGGCAAUAGUACCGUCAAUAGCAGCAACAACAACAGCGACGCCGAGCAGAAUGCGACAUUGCCCACACUUAUUGACAUUUCCAGUAUUGAGCUAAAGUCUAGCUGCUCCUCCAGCGCUUCAAGCGUCUCAGCAACUGUGACCAGUUCACCCAGCAGCAACAAUAACAACAGCAGCAGCAGCAGCAACAACAACAACAAUUGUUCUUCAAGCACAUCCAAGUGCAUUCCGCCGUUGCCCUCAAUUAGCACCGUGAGCGCCGCUGUGGCCGCUGCUGCUGCCGCUGCGGCUGCUGCAGCCAAUCAGCAGGCGGCGCUGGAUUGUGCCACAGCCGCCGAGCUGGCAGCCGAAUGCGAUCUGCCGCUGCUCGACGGCGAGGAUGCGUUGUCCUUUGAGGCUGGCGAUCUGGACAGCAGCUACGGCAGCUUCAUCUUCAAUCCCAGCAGCUUUGGAGCCGCCGAUGCGGACACUUCGCUGCACUCGCUGCAGGCCACCAUGUAUCAGGACAAGCUGAGCGUCAUGGCGGCCAGCGCCGGCAGCGGUGCAGAGGAUGGGGCCAACAGUUCCACGGCUGCCGCGGCUGCUGCCCAGCGCUCGAAGAAGCAAUUCAUCUGCAAGUUCUGCAAUCGCCAAUUCACGAAGUCCUACAAUCUGCUCAUCCACGAACGCACCCACACGGACGAACGUCCCUACUCCUGUGACAUAUGCGGCAAGGCCUUCAGGCGUCAGGAUCAUCUGAGGGAUCAUAGGUACAUUCACUCCAAGGAAAAGCCGUUCAAGUGCGCCGAGUGUGGCAAAGGCUUUUGCCAGUCGCGCACCCUGGCCGUGCACAAGAUUCUGCAUAUGGAGGAGUCGCCGCACAAGUGUCCCGUGUGCAAUCGCUCCUUCAAUCAGCGCUCGAAUCUGAAGACCCAUCUACUCACCCACACGGACAUCAAGCCCUACAAUUGCGCCUCCUGCGGCAAGGUGUUUCGGCGCAACUGUGAUCUGCGGCGCCACAGUCUGACGCACAAUCUGUCCGCCACGGGCGGCAUGGCCGGUGGCCUGGGCGAUCUAUUCGGCGGCAGCAGCAACGGCUCCAGCUCCGAUCUGGGUCUAUCGAUGGUCCUGCCGAGCUCCACUGGCGCCGGAUCAGCUGGCUCAGCCACAAGCCGAGACUUGGUGGCCGUCAGCGAUUAGGCCCCUGGCAAAUCCGAUUUACUCAACGUAUCACGUGUUGUGACCUCCCAGUCUCUCAAGCAGGGGAGGCGCUAUCUCAAUCUCAUCUGCAGCUCUCAAUAACUCGAAUCCCUCCACAAUGUGUCUGAUCUGUGUUGCUCGUCUCGUGGCCUCCAAGUUGCUUACAGCUAACAGCAUUUAAUUUAGUUCGUAGUUCUCUUUGUGUCUAGACUAUAUGAUUUAAGCUAAUGAUAUUUCCUAGUUGGUAAUUUAUUGGAUAUAUGAAACAUAGAAAUAUAUAUCGAAAGUUUGACUUU